AUGGUGGACGCAAAGAUUCAAGAGCUUCUGUCCAAGCCGCGUUCGGAGUUGACCGAGUACGAAGUUGCUCAGGUCGAAGAACACGAGCUCACUACCGGCCCCCUCUCCAUCCUCCAGACCGCCGUCCGCUCGCGCACACAAGUCCUGAUCUCGUGCCGAAACAACCGCAAGAUCCUCGCACGUGUCAAGGCUUUCGACCGUCAUUGCAACAUGGUUCUCGAGAACGCGAAAGAGAUGUGGACCGAGACUCCACGGUUAGCCAACGGCAGCUACGGAAGGAAGGUCAACAAGGACCGCUUCAUCUCCAAGCUGUUCCUACGCGGCGACUCGGUAAUUCUUGUAUUGCUAUCAUAA